AUGGAGUCUCCACGGUGUGAGCAGAGGAUCACAAAGGUCUCUCUAGCCGAGAUUCUGAGGUGUUUUGAACAUCCUAUAAGUGAGGAGCAAGCUUGGGCUGUCUGCUUUCAGUGUUGCUAUAAAAUGGAGCAGUUGGCUCAGGGGCUGUGCCCGCCACUCCAUUCUGUAUUCAUAAAAGGUCCUGGAAGCAUCUUUAUCCAUGCUGAUGGUGCUGCUUCCUUCAAGGUGUACCACAAGUCUGAUGUUGGCAGCAUUCAGCAGUCAGAGGACAAGCUGUUGGAGUACUUGGGAGUGGUGAUCUAUGAAGCCCUGGACUGGGGAAUCGACAGCCAAGUGGAGCGAGAACUGAGUGAACCUUUGGAGAAACUGCUGUGCCUCAUGCUGAAACUGGAUGAUGAGCCAAUGAAACCAGCAGUCACCCUGCAGGAUGUUAUCAAGGCCUGUGAGGAGCACUUGUCCAGGCCUUCUGAGGCUACCAGCCAUUAUGAAAUGACCUGUAGGAGCCUGUUUACUGAAUAUAUGGAACUUCAGAAGCUUGUGACCAUCAUCCAGACCUCCAAAGAGGCAUCCCUGUGGCCCAAUGUCAUCCGUGAACUGCAGAAUGGUGUGAGGCUGUGCAAGGCCACUGAGCGACCACAGCGUCACGCGCCUCCAAAAGAAUGUAUCCGCUCUCCCUAUGAAUUACUUUUGGAUGAUAUUCAGCACAAGAGGUACACCCUUCGGAAGGUGAUCAUCGAGCAAAAACACGGGACCCCUGAAGUUGAUGUAGCUGCUCCCAAGCCUCAUCUAAAGCCUGUGCUGGAGAGGAAGCUGAAAGAGUGGGUGCCACGGGAGUCCAGCUGGCACGAACAGCUCAUGGCAGAAAUAAAACGACCACAGAAGCUUCUGUCAUCAGCAGCAAGGAAAAAUGGGAGCAGCCCCAAAGAAAUGGUUGUGACACCAAAUAUUGCCUUGAAAUCUCCAAGUGACAGUUUCUUAACUCUCCAAGAUGCCAGUACCGAGUUUAAAAUUGUCAACACUACAACACAGCAGCUGGGACCAGGAGUUCAGGAAGCCACUCCCAAGCUGCCUUCCAGCACCUGGCUUGCCUCAACCAGGUCAUCAGUAGUAUCCUGCAACAGCACAGGUCUCACUGCAAAUUGCACAUAUCCUCCCAUGAGUGCACCUACACUAGGAGACAUUAAACCUAAUGGUUUCCUGAAUGCUGGCCAACAGCAGCUGCCUCCUUACAGAGGAAGUUCCAAAUCUUUAGAGAGAGGCCUUCAAAGCAAGGAACUUGACUGUCCCUUUCCUACCAAGUGGCCAUCACCAACCAUUGCUGAGCUGAUUGGAACUAGAUAUGCAAUGAUGGUGCUGGAAGGGCAAGGCUUCUUCCAAGGAGGUAGUGAUGGUGUCUUUCCAAGAGCAAAGAUCUGUUUCAGCUGCCAUAAGCAGAUGUUUCUUAAGUGGCCUUACAGCUGUUACCUCUGCAGCAGUGUUGUCUGCUGUGACUGCUGCAUCAAGAUGUCCAUGCCCUUCAGAACGUGUGUACAUCUCCCACUUCACUUCCUAAAACUUUUGAGACUCUCCAGAGAGGAGAACCCAGCUACUCAAGAACAGAAGAGCUCAGAGUUGCUGCAUGAAAUAGAGCACUGGGACUGUUUUGGUGUACCCGUUAUUUUGGAACCCCAUUGCCUAGCACAGCCUCUGUGCUGUUACACAGGGACCAUGGCAGACUGGCUGACAGCAGACAUCUGUAUGCGAUGUGAGCAGUACCUGUUGAACAUGAGUUCCAGUCAACAGCAGAGCAUCCCUCUCAGGAGAACUUCCUGGCCUUGAACCAAACUGGAAUGACUCUACCAUACAUUUCUCCUGUCACUUGUUCUGUACCUGAAGUAAAUGAAACAGCUUUAUGCACCUACUGACAUAAAGGCCUGAAUAAAAGACCUCCCUGCUGGUUAGUCUGAGCAGGAAGCACAGCUAGUAUGUAUGUAUUGUGAAGUAUUAUAAAGGUUUGUGGUUUUUAGAACUGUUUUAAUUCUUUUUAUGUGUCUUUGGGGAAAAUAAAUGUUGAAGCACU